AUGUCGCCCCGUAGGGAACGCGAUCACCCGGUUCUCCCUCAGGGCAUAGUAGUCGCACAGUUUCGCGACUAUCAUGCUGAGAAAUUCUCCGGGCAGGGAGAUCCCCGUAUCGUGGACGAGUGGAUUCAGGGCCUUGAGUUGAUCUUCGAGCUGAUCCGCGAGAAGUACUACCCCACCUAUUACAGAGUAGAGAUGGAGCAGCAGUUCCUGUCACUCAAACAGGGUACUCGAUCGGUUGACGAGUACGAGAGGGAGUUUACCCGACUUGCAGUUUUUGUUCCGGACCUGGUUCGUACGGAGGCACAGAGAGCACAGCGCUUUAUUGACGGGCUUUACCCAGUAGUCCGUCACAACAUUGUAGGUCACGGGACCCAGACGUAUGCUCGUGCUAUUUCGAUUGCACAGGAGGUGGACGCCAGCAUCAGGAGAGAGGCCAGCCGCGAUCGUUCUCAGCCAUCCGCCCCCGCCCAGUCAUCCACAACUCCACCAGCCCUACCAGUUGUCCAGCCAACGAGGGAGAAGAAGAGGAAAGGGAAGGGCGCACAGACUGACAGGAGGACUUGCCAGAGGCAGCAGCAGGUUCUACAGUGCCCCACAUGCGGACGUCUUCACCGAGGCGAGUGUCGCUUCGGCCAGGAUAUAUGCUAUUACUGUCACGAGCCCGGGCACUUUGCUAACCGUUGUCCUAAGAAAGCACAACUGCCCCAGCAGCCUCAGCAGCCACAGCAGCAGCAGCAGCCCCGUCAGCAGGCUCAGAGGCCACCCCAGCAGCAGCCGCAGAGGGGCAGACAGCAGGCCCGAGUUUACGCAGUCGAUCAGGUCGAGGCCGAGCAGCAGCCAGGUACUAUGUCAGGGAUGAUCAUGUUAAAUAAAGUUCAUGUGUUCGCUUUAUUCGAUACUGGAGCGACGCACUCCUUUAUUUCAGGACGAUGUCUUGAUGCCAUUGGAGUUCAUGCUAUUACUGCUGUCGAUCCUCUCGAGGUGAGUCUAGCCUCGGGACGAAAGAUAGUGACUUCAGCUAGAGCCUCAGAUCUCAGCCUUUCCAUCGGUGGUCGUUCAUUGUCUACCGACGCGUAUGUUCUUGAGAUGAGGGAUUUUGACCUCAUUAUCGGGAUGGAUUGGCUAUCCUUUUAUCAUGCAGAUAUCCGAUGUCAUGACCGGGAGAUUACUCUCUAUCUUCCAGAAGACGAUCUGAUUACUUUCUUUGUCACCCAGAAUCGUUCAUUACCUCAU